CUGUGGCUGUAACGCGUUACCGGCCAGCAGCAGCAGCAGGCACCGCUGAGCAGAUGUUACCGUGAGAGAGAGACGCUGUUAACCGCCGCCGCCGCUGCUGCAACAAGAGACAAGACGCGUCUUGGAUCACAAAUAGGGGAUGCAGGGCGCAUGCGCAGUGGGUUCCGUUUACUGUAGGAUAUUCACGGUGGAGGCAGAAAAAAAGGGGGCAGGCAACAAAGCAGGCUUUUUAAAACGGCGAAAAGCACGAUUUGUGCAAUGUAAAUAGCGAUCAGGAGGGACACGAAAUUGGAUUGUCAACAGGUAGGGUUUUGGUUGAUCUUAUGGUCGACUGUCUCUCUCGUUCUCUCAUCUUUUUUUUCUCUUUUUUUUUUCUUUUGGCCUUGUCUUGUGUGGUGGAUGCGAUUCCAGCCAAACCAUAGCAGAGACUUGGAAAUUAUUCUAGUAUAAUGGACAUGCGGAUCCGCUACACCGUUGUGCUUCAUCCGGCCGACUGGGACGCAAAGGCGAUUAUUUAAUUCUGCUCCGUGUUUAACUAAAUUCUAUCGGAUUCAAACGCGCAUUUAAAAAGAGAGAGACCACUCGACUCACGGAGGACACAUUUAAAUGCGGAUUUUUUUUUUAGGUGUGAUGAGACAAAGGAACAAAGGAUGCCUUAGAGGAGAGGUUGCCUAUACGCCUGGAAACCUCUUCAAAGCACACCGCCAAAUGGAUCUAACGCCUCCCCCUGCCACCUCUAGAUCAUGAUACUUGGCUGAAGCUAUUCCGCUAUCUUUAUGAUCCCUCCUCCAUCUAUGGCGAACUAUAGCCAUGCAGGGGACCACAACAUCUUGCAGAAUGUCUCUCCUCUCACCACGUUCCUCAAACUGACCUCUCUGGGUUUUAUCAUUGGAGUCGGUGUGGUCGGAAACCUCCUGAUCUCCAUCCUGCUGGUCAAAGACAAGAGCCUGCACCGAGCGCCCUACUAUUUCCUGUUGGACCUGUGCGCCUCUGACAUCCUGCGCUCCGCCAUCUGCUUCCCUUUUGUCUUCACCUCAGUCAAGAAUGGGUCUGCCUGGACCUACGGCACGUUGACCUGCAAAGUGAUCGCCUUCCUGGGUGUGCUCUCCUGUUUCCACACGGCUUUCAUGCUGUUCUGUGUCAGUGUCACCCGUUACCUGGCCAUCGCGCACCACCGUUUCUACACCAAGAGGCUGACUUUCUGGACGUGUUUGGCUGUCAUCUGCAUGGUGUGGACGUUGUCUGUGGCUAUGGCGUUCCCUCCGGUGCUAGAUGUAGGGACGUACUCUUUUAUCCGGGAGGAGGACCAGUGCACAUUCCAGCACCGUUCCUUCAGGGCAAAUGAUUCGCUGGGCUUCAUGCUUCUGCUGGCGCUCAUCCUCCUGGCCACACAACUGGUUUACCUCAAGCUCAUCUUUUUCGUCCACGACCGUCGAAAGAUGAAGCCCGUCCAGUUCGUGCCUGCCGUCAGCCAGAACUGGACCUUCCACGGCCCAGGUGCCAGCGGGCAAGCGGCAGCUAAUUGGCUGGCUGGAUUUGGAAGAGGCCCCACCCCACCUACUUUGCUGGGCAUCCGGCAGAACAGCAAUGCAGCAGGCCGCAGGCGUCUACUGGUAUUGGAUGAAUUCAAAACCGAGAAGAGGAUUAGUAGGAUGUUCUACAUCAUGACGUUUUUCUUCCUGGCACUGUGGGGGCCCUACCUGGUUGCCUGCUACUGGCGGGUGUUUGCAAGGGGCCCCGUUGUCCCUGGAGGCUACCUGACAGCAGCCGUGUGGAUGAGCUUUGCCCAGGCUGGGGUCAAUCCUUUCAUCUGCAUCUUCUCUAACAGAGAGCUUCGGCGUUGCUUCAGCACCACACUCCUCUACUGCAGAAAAUCCAGGUUACCAAGGGAACCCUACUGUGUUAUAUGAGGGUUUUACUGUGGGGUUUUUUCUCAUCUAUGUCUCUAUUGCCCUGAUUGAUCUUGAUCUGGGUUUGCUCCCAUUGUACAGCGUACUCUCUCUUUCUAUCUCCCUUCUCUUCAUCCUCCAGUUUCCUCCUGUUCCUCCUUCUCCUGGCCCUUCUUUACAGAGGUUGAAGGUGGACUGCCAAUCACGUGGCUGUGCUGGGGCGAUUGAAUCUAAAUCGUAUCACACACGGAGGCUGAAGGGAAUGGGAAUAACGCAGGGGGAAUGGAUCACCUCCUGUGUUUAUGUUCUAGUAAACAGACAUUGUGGAAGGCCAUGCCAAUGCAGAGAUGCAAAAAGUUGAAAGAAAAAAAAAGAGAGAGCGAUUUGACAAAACAGUGAAAACAAGACGUCUUGCUUGGGAUAUUUUGAAGACACGUUAUUCUGUGAGGUGUGAAAUACGUAAGUAUGAAAAGAAAAAGAAAAAAAAUAAUAACACAAAACAAAGAAAUGAUACCUCUCAAGGAAUCACUGGAAAUGUUUUACAUUUUAAGAGUUGCACUAAAAAGAAGAUGUAAAGAUGCUUUUUUUGGGGGGGGGGGGGUCGACAGUUGCAUUGCAAGGACAACUUUUUUGUUGUUUUUUCCUUCUCCCCCCUCUCCCUCCAAACUAAACAAUGAAUGCUUUAAUUUGCAACAGACUACACAACCGCUGUAAGUAGAGCAAAAACUGUUGGAUUACACCAUCACAAGAGGAUAAAAUGGUUUUAAUGUAAGUGAUAUCUCUUUCAUUUACCGGGCAGGGGGCUUAAUGAUGGGGGAUUUACAAUGUGUGGUUUUGAAGUUGCAACUUAAAAUCUAGAAAGGAUUUCUUGUAGUUUUAUCCAUAUGUCCCUAGUGUCUGGCAUUGUUAUUUUCCUAACACAUUUUACAAAAAAACAAAAAAACAAAAACAAAAACAAAAAAAACAGAGGAAAAAAAAGAUGAAGUGAUGUUUGGAAUUUUAAAAAAAAAGUUGCUUUUGAAAACAACCUUGUGCUUAAAAAAGACAUUGAAGAAGUAGUUAAAUGUUUCAUCAUAUCCAUGUACCUAAACACUAUCACAUUGUUACAGUAUUGCUGAUGCCACUCCGGGUGUUCUUGCCUUAAUGGUUAUGAUAUUGUCAUGUUUCUGGGGUUUAUUUUUCAAUCACUCCUGAAAAGUUUUCUUCUUCUUCUUCUUUUUUUCUUUUUUUCCCCCUUUAGGUGCAAGGGGAGUUUUUUCUUUUCUUCUUCCUAUUUUUCACAUUAGCGUGAAGUGCAUGUUCAUUUUUAAAAGCUGGUCCACUCCCAUGUGCAUCACAGGCCAUACACUGAGCAGCCCAUUUUUAUUCUGCAAUGGUUUGCUACACCCCACAGAGUGCUCAGAGCACAGGGAGAGUGUGUGAUUCUGUGUGUGUUUCUGUGUGUGUGUGUGUGGAUCAGACAACAGUCACUUCAAGACCAGAGCCUUAGUAUGAAAUCUUGCACAAUUUGUAAAAAAUGUAAAAGAAAAAAAAAAAAAGAGAGACAUUUAAGGCACACCGUCUUGUUUCUACUUUCCCUACAUUUGCUCUCUACUGAUUGUUUUCAGUGACUUACUUUUUUCUCUUGUGGCCAUUUUAAUAUUUAUUAUGUAUUCUUUUUGUAUAUUAUAGAUAGAUUGUGUGUAAGUAUGUGAGUCUUUUCAUUUUGAAGUCCCGAAUGUGAGUACAGUUUCAGUUAGGAUUGCAUUUGCUGAAAGUUAACUGUGUAAUCUGUUGCUUUUUGAAAAUAAAAAGUUUCCAUUUUGCAAAAUUUGCAUUUAUCCCUGUCAUUGGGUUGCGAAAUGUUGACUGGUCAGAUUUAGAGAUUCUGAAGUAAAAAAAAAAAAAAAAAUAAAUAAAAAUAAAGAAAAUGUACAUUUCUUUCUCUAAUAUGUAAUUUCUCAUCUUAUACCAUCAGGCGUCUGACUGGUUAGCAUUUUAAAGCCACUGCUCAUGUGCAUAUUUGUAUUUAAGACAUUAUUUGUGGUUAUUUCUACAAAGGUUUUUAUAUGUGUAUAUAGUCAUGCUUUUUAUAAGCAAAACACAUGAAAAAAUAUUUAAAGUUUGCCUCUUCAAACCCAAUCUUUUCUGUCAUUUGAGUCCUUGGAACAGCUUGCCAAAAGAGAAUAUGCUGUAUGCUAAAACUUGUCACUGAAUAUGAAGUGUCUUUGACAUUUAAUGGGGAUAAUCUCCAUGGAUGUAACUCUGGGCGCAUACCCUUGCAGUUUUUUCCUCACUCUGUGUUAAAGAGGAAUACCACUGAAUUUCAUAUGUAAUAUAUGCAACUCCCAUAUGGAGUAAUGGCAAACCACUCUGGGAUAAUGAAUGCCCUUAUACUGAGCCUUCCAGUCACAAAUGACAUAGCAGUUUGACCCUUUCUCUCAGUUUUAAGGUCACAUUGAUUUGCAGCAGCACUGAACAUGGAGCAAAUUAACAUUUUCUUUUGAAUUUAUAUGCAUGUGCAAGAAAUUUGCCACUUCUAAAUAAGUAUUCAUAAUCAUUCAGUAACAAACAAAAAGAUCAAUCAGUAUAUUGAUUGUGAUAGACUGGGUAUCAAAUGGAAACUAUUAAAAAAAAAUGUAAUUAACAUUACAGUUUCAAACCAAAUCUAAUAAAGACAACAAGGCAAAGAUAUAUUUAUUCUCAAAUUGAGUGGUAUUUCUCUUGCAAAGGUUAUAAUUUCAAUGUGCUGGCAAUGUCUCCAUCUACACUGAUGAACUGAAUAAUACAAUAUUUGUUACUACCAAUUUUGUGUGAUUCAGACAUCAAUGUGGAUAUUUUUCCACCUAAAACUCAUUCCGUUAAAUAAUGACCUUAGCCUUGAUGCCUGGAAAUGCAAAAAAUGGUGCUGAAAUGGCUUGUAAACACUCCAGGUAAUUGCAUCCUGGACUGCAGGUUCCGCUGAUGAAAAAUAUCUAUUAGGGGUCCAUUUUCAUUAUGGGGCUGGCAAUUACUGUUUAAUUUUGGACAUUGAUCAUUUCACUUAGGCCCCAGAGGGGCCAAGUCAGAUAUUGUGAAAUUAAAGGGAAUACUGGUCUA